ACAUUUGGCGAGGUAUUUAAAGCUAGACACAAGGCGACAAAACAGCAUUUUGCACUUAAAAGGGUGCUUAUUGAACAAGAAAAAGAAGGUUUUCCCAUAACUGCCAUAAGGGAGAUUCGUAUACUCCAAUCGUUAAAGCAUGAGAAUAUCGUUUGUCUCAGAGAGAUAUGCCAUAGUGCUGGUGGGUGUGUCUUACUUUACGUUUUAGUAAAUGAAGCCAAUCAUUGGCGGCCUCAGUUCUUCCUAGUAUUCGAGUUUUGCGACCAUGAUCUCGCUGGAUUAAGCCAACAAGUAGAAUUUUCUGAACCUGUUAAGAAGUCUAUAAUGCAGCAACUUUUUCAGGGAAUUUUUUAUUUACAUAGAAACAACAUACUUCAUAGAGACUUGAAGGCUGCAAACAUUCUAAUUGACAAAAAUGGGAUAUUAAAGAUUGCAGAUUUCGGUCUCGCAAGAACCACUGUGGUUUCUAUCCGAUCUGAACGUCCAACGCGGUACACAGGACGCGUUGUAACCUUGUGGUACAGGCCACCUGAGAUUCUAUUGAAUGAUAGACACUACGGGAAACCUGUUGAUUUGUGGGGUGCUGGAUGCAUUAUGGCUGAAUUGUGGACUAAAUAUCCAAUAAUGCAGAUAUACAGUAAAUAA